UUGGCAUGCACAUGUUUGCUUGUUCAAACAGUGAAUAGCAGCCAAGUUCACUUCGGUCGUGUCUUUCCUUUCUCUGUUUCCUGUUGAAAGACAAGUAUUAGAAGAAUGACCAAGAAACGUCGUAACGGAGGGCGCUGCAAGCAUAAUCGUGGCCAUGUGAAGCCUGUACGCUGCACAAAUUGUGCCCGCUGCGUUCCAAAAGAUAAGGCUAUUAAGAAGUUUGUUAUUCGCAACAUUGUAGAAGCAGCAGCGGUGAGAGAUAUAUCUGAAGCUUCCAUAUGGGAAACAUACAUUUUGCCAAAAUUGUACGCAAAACUUCAUUACUGCGUUUCCUGCGCUAUCCACUCGAAAGUUGUAAGAAAUCGUUCCAAGGAAGCUCGUCGCAUUCGUACGCCACCUGUUCGAACGUUCCCUAAAGAUAUGGCUCGAAAUCAACCAAGAAAGUAGAGCAAAUAAAAGUGUAAAGACGUGACAAUGCACAUUAAGAAACAGUUUUUCAUUAAUACCUGAACGUAAA